AGCCAUUAAAUUAAAUCUCUGAACGAGCUAUAAAGUAUUUACCUAAUUACCAAGAGCAGCUCACCAGUCCACAUUUACUUCAGAAUCGCCUGGGGAGCUUUGUACAAAUACAGAUUCCUAGGUCGCGCCUUUAGUGGUUCUGACUGAAGCGGCCUUGAGGAGGCCUGGAAAUCUGCCCUUAGUUUCCCCAGAUGAUCCAGUUGCGCGGCAGGGUUCAGGAACCACUGGACUAGCGCCUAAAUUUUUGAUUCUUAGUCCAGUAGAAGGACCUUGAAGGGCAGAGAAAAUUCUCCCUUCCCAACAGCUGCCAUAGUCAGCAGGAUACUUUCAUUCUCUGGACACUACUCACCCCAGACACUCCUGCUGCUCAGAGAUCCUGGGACAUCUGACAUACAGCUGGGAGAGAUAUUGGGCUUUUUAUUCAUUGAAGUUUUGUGGCAACCCGGCAUCGAGCCAGUCUACCACAACAUUGUUCACUUUGUGUCUCUGUGCUACACUUUGGGCUCCUCGGGCCAGGUCUGUGUCUGAUGGCUUUUAUGAAAAAAUAUCUCCCCCCCAUUCUGGGGAUCUUCUUGGCCUACUACUACUAUUCUGCGAAUGAGGAAUUCAGACCAGAGAUGCUCCAAGGAAAGAAAGUGAUUGUCACAGGGGCCAGCAAGGGGAUUGGAGAACAGAUGGCCUAUCAUCUGGCAAAGAUGGGAGCCCAUGUGGUGGUGACAGCAAGGUCUAAAGAAAAUCUAAAGAAGAUAGUAUCCCAUUGCAUGGAGCUUGGAGCAGCCUCAGCACACUACAUUGCUGGCACCAUGGAGAAUAUGACCUUCGCAGAGCAAUUUGUUGCCAAAGCUGGAAAGCUCAUGGGGGGACUAGACAUGCUUAUUCUCAACCACAUCACCAACACUUCUAUGAAUCUGUUUAGUGGUGAUAUCCACAUCGUGCGCAGAAGCAUGGAAGUCAACUUCCUCAGUUAUGUGGUCCUGAGUGCUACUGCCUUGCCUAUGCUGAAGCAGAGCAAUGGAAGCAUUGUUGUCGUGUCCUCGAAGGCUGGGAAAAUGGCUAGUCCACUUAUUGCGCCCUAUUCUGCAAGCAAGUUUGCCCUGGAUGGGUUUUUCUCCUCCAUCAGGAUGGAACAUUCAGUGGCCAAGAUUAAUGUAUCGAUCACUCUCUGUAUCCUCGGCCUCAUAAACACAGACACAGCCAUGAAUGCCAUUUCUGGAAUAGUCAACAUGGAGGCAUCUCCAAAGGAAGAAUGUGCCCUGGAGAUCAUCAAAGGGGGAGCUCUGCGCCAAGAGGAAGUGUACUAUGACAACUCAGUCUGGACAGCUCUCCUGCUGGGAAAUCCAGGGAGGAAGAUUCUGGAACUCUUCUUCUUAAGAAGUUAUAGUUUGGACAAGUUUAUAAUCAACUAAGCACUUCCUUAAGGUGGAUCAUGGUAAGAGAGCUUGGGACUGUUCUUCCUGACAUUUAUCUGAGCUCCACCCAUGAAGGCAUCUCCCUGGAGACAUAAGUGAGGGUCCCAGAGAGUUGGAAACAUCACAUGUCAUGGCUUGAAGGAGUUCCUCUAACACUUGCACAGUGGAAAUGUAAUUAUAAUGAAUGUCAUGAGCCACUGCAACCUGCAGUCAUGAAAUUGAUAACCGUAGGUAUAAUUAAAAGGUAGUUCUAUCAAGUUUACCUCAUAUGUAAUAAUAUUAUGAUAAUUAAAACAUUAAUUAUAAUAAAGGUCAUAUCUACUAUAUAAAUUCAUAA